AAAAGAGAACAGUGAGCGCGAGCAUGCGCGCGCCAAAACCCAGCCGCGGCGGAGGGAAGACGAAAACGAAAAUAUUUUCGAGAGAGGCUCCGAAUCCAAAAUUUCUUUCUUCCGUCGAAUCAAUUCAAUGAGAUCUUAAUCAGCUGAAAGAGAUGGUGUUAGCAGACGAGGAAAUCACUAGACUCUUUAGAAUACGAAAAACUGUGUUGCAGAUGUUAAAAGACCGAGGCUACUUUGUUGGAGAUUUCGAGAUUGGCAUGUCUAGAGAGCAAUUUAGGAAUAAGUAUGGUGAGAGCAUGAAAAGAGAAGACCUUGUUAUCAAUAAAGCCAAGAGAAACGAUAGCUCUGACCAGAUAUAUAUUUUCUUUCCUGAAGAGCAGAAGGUUGGUGUCAAGACAAUGAAAACCUAUACAAAUCGUAUGAAAUCAGAGAACGUUUUUAGAGCAAUAUUGGUUGUUCAACAGAAUUUGACCCCCUUUGCUCGUACUUGCAUAGGUGAAAUAUCUUCUAAAUUCCAUUUGGAGGUUUUCCAGGAAGCAGAAUUGAUGGUCAAUAUUAAAGAUCAUGUUCUCAUUCCCGAGCACCAGUUGCUGACAACUGAAGAGAAGAAGACGCUGCUGGAGAGGUAUACUGUAAAAGAGACGCAGCUACCUCGCAUUCAGGUCACUGAUCCAAUUGCUAGAUAUUACGGGCUGAAGCGUGGACAAGUUGUGAAGAUUAUCCGACCAAGUGAGACGGCAGGAAGAUAUGUGACAUAUAGAUAUGUUGUUUGAUAUUGACCUGAUUGGCCAUUGAAGUUACGGUUCUUGGAGCAGUGGUUUGAAUUUUAGGCAAUGUUUCUGUUAGCGUGGGCUCAAUCUUGUGGGGAGUUUCUGUAGGAUUUUGAUAGAAUUUCAGCGGUAGUGGACUGUUAUUCAUACACUAAACUGAGUAGGAUAAUUACAUUUGUUUCUUUUCGAGUUUGACAAGUGAUGAUGAAGAUUCAAAUUUUCAACCUUUUGGUAAAAAA